AGAGAGAGAGAGAGAGAGAGAGAGAGAGAGAGAGAGAGAGAGCGCGCUAAGGAAGGGUGUGAGAAAGAGGCAGGUGGCACAUAACUAAGGAGGAGGGUUUUAAACCUAGGGGACAACAGAAGACCAGACAGCUGAGGCAGCCAACCCAGCCUUUACCUCCAACCACUGCCCCCCAUCAUAUCUCCCCUGACCCUCGCAAACUCCCUGGUCACACGGCAGGACGCGUGACCAGGUGGGGGAUCCGUGACCAGGUGGGGGAUCCGUGACCAGGUGGGGGAUCCGUGACCAGGGGGCCGUCACCAUGAGCGACCAGAACGUGGUGAAGGAGGGCUGGGUGCAGAAGAGAGGAGAGUACAUAAAAAACUGGCGGCCGCGCUACUUCCUGUUGAAAUCGGACGGCUCGUUCAUCGGCUACAAGGACAAGCCCCAGGACGCAGACCUGGCCUACCCCCUCAACAACUUCUCUGUAGCAAAAUGUCAGCUGAUGAAGACGGAGAGGCCGAAGCCCAAUACCUUCAUCAUCCGCUGCCUCCAGUGGACCACCGUCAUCGAGAGGACUUUCCACGUGGACUCUCCCGACGAGAGGGACGAGUGGGCGGAGGCCAUCCAGAUGGUGGCAGAGUCGCUGGCCAAGCAGGAGGAGGAGGGCAUUCUGUGCAGCCCCACCUCCCAGAUUGAGAACGUCAAUGAGGAGGAGAUGGACACCUCCAUCAGCCAGCACAAACGGAAGACAAUGAACGACUUUGACUACCUGAAGCUGCUGGGGAAGGGGACGUUUGGGAAGGUCAUCCUGGUCAAGGAGAAGGCCAGUGGCACCUACUACGCCAUGAAGAUCCUCAAGAAGGAGGUCAUCAUCGCCAAGGAUGAAGUGGCUCACACACUUACAGAGAGUCGUGUUCUUAAAAACACCAGGCAUCCUUUCCUGACUUCCCUGAAGUAUUCCUUCCAGACCAAGGACCGGCUCUGCUUCGUCAUGGAGUACGUCAACGGCGGGGAGUUAUUCUUCCACCUGUCAAGAGAACGUGUGUUUUCGGAGGACCGGACCCGUUUCUAUGGCGCCGAGAUCGUGUCUGCCCUCGACUACCUACACUCCGCCAAGAUCGUGUACCGCGAUCUGAAGCUGGAGAACCUGAUGCUGGAUAAGGACGGUCAUAUCAAGAUCACCGACUUCGGUCUCUGCAAGGAGGGCAUCACGGACACAGCCACCAUGAAGACCUUCUGUGGAACACCAGAAUACCUGGCCCCAGAGGUUCUGGAGGACAACGACUAUGGCCGGGCGGUGGACUGGUGGGGUCUGGGCGUGGUGACGUACGAGAUGAUGUGCGGCCGGCUGCCCUUCUACAACCAGGACCACGAGAAGCUGUUUGAGCUCAUCCUCAUGGAGGACAUCAAGUUCCCCCGAACGCUGUCGUCUGACGCCAAGUCCCUGCUGUCCGGCCUGCUCAUCAAGGACCCCAACAAACGGCUGGGUGGGGGUCCAGACGAUGCUAAGGAGAUCAUGCGCCACAGUUACUUCACCCUCGUCGACUGGCAGGACGUCUACGACAAGAAGCUGGUGCCGCCCUUCAUGCCGCAGGUAUCGUCAGAGACGGACACGCGCUACUUUGAUGAAGAGUUCACCGCCCAGACCAUUACCAUCACUCCCCCGGAGAAAUUUGACGAGGAUGGGAUGGAUGCGGCGGACAGCGAAAGGAGACCUCACUUUCCCCAGUUCUCCUACUCUGCCAGCGGACGGGAGUGACCCCUCCUCCCCCUGCUCCAGCACUCCCCCGUCCCCUUCCCUGAGCUCCUACACCCCCCCCAUCUGUGGCCAUUUUGAGGAAAACACGUAGCCAUUUUAGGAAGAAGAAAAAACGAAAAGUGUCCCCUCUUUUUCUCCUCCUGCUCCUCUUCCAUGGGGAGAGUCUGUCCUCCUCGGGGGAUAGUCUUUCUUGGGACUUUAAAAGACGUUUUGCACAGUGGGAUGGACGCGCUGUCGGCCCACACUAAACAACACCACCACCCCCACCACCACCAACAACUAAAACAGAUUCACAACCACACCGGGAACCGUGCCCCACAUGUCCAGCAACAUUUACCCCAAGAGACCACCUUCAGUUCUGUUUCCGCAGCACUGCUCGCGUGCAUCCAUCCAUCGCCUCAUCUCCCUAUAUGUCCUCUUUCCUCGUUACCUCUGUCCUCAUCUUUCUCCAUCCCUCUCUCCUUUUCUCCCUCUCCUCUCCAUCCGUCUCUCCUCUAUCCUUCCUUUCCUCCCUCACUCUUUCCCUUCCUCCCUCUCUCCUCCAUCCUCUGUCUCCUCUCCCUCUUGUCUUGCUCUUCACUCCCUCUCUCUUCCCUGUCUCCCCCCUCUCCCUCCAAAUAUUUAUGUGUUUACUGUGUUGCACUUGGUUGGAGAGGGACGUCUGAGAGAGGAAAACCAAAUAUGUUGCCUUACGUGUGCAGACGGACGGGACGGGCUCGUAUUCAGUUCCAUUUUAAUUCUGAUGGUUUGUGUUG